AUGAAUGGGAUGGAUAUGUGGGAUAGGAGUGACUUUCCUCCAUGUCUUCCUCCUUCUUACUCUAAACAGCCUGGAAGGCCAAGAAAAUGUAGAAACAAAGAACAUGAAGAGUACAAGGGCAAGAUGAAGAUGAGAGCAUCAAGCAACCAAUCUGAAACUACAUUGUCUCGCAUUCCCAACACACAGGACUCUCUCAAAUGUGGCCAAUGUGGUAAAAAAGGGCACAAUAAGAGGACUUGCCAUAGGAAUCUUCCCCCAAAAGCCAAACCUGCAACUAAGAGGAAGAGGGGUACUGAAAAUACCCAGACCACUCCAUCUGACACAUCCACUCUAGCUGGUGGUCCAAGCACCCUAAAGCAAAGAUCCAAGCCUCCAAGGCGUGUGCAAAAAGGGAAGCCAAGUAAGAAAGGACAUGCCACUUCUGCAGCACAACCACCUUCCCUUCAUGUCCUCAUGCAUCAACUUCUGUUUCAACUGCAGGAUCAAAUGUUGUGCAUUGAAGCUGACUGA